GCACCCGUGUCAGCGCAGCCUGGGGAUAGCUUCAGAAGAAUUUCACCUCUGACCUGCUCGUCGCUGGGAAGAUGUCAGCACCAGGGAGCAGCAAUAGACAGGCUGUGGGACUUGCUCCGACUGAUAGGGAGCGCAUAAUGAGCUGGAUACAGACAGCACGGCCGGAAGAACUGAGCCGAAUGAUGCAGCAGACAGGCAUUGCGUCGCACACCAAUGAGGACGUGGAGGAGGCGGCUACUCCUGAUUCAGAAGACGCCCCCAGUCCGUUAGGCAGACCCACUGUGAAGAGAAAGCUGGCUCUGAAGUGUUCCACACAGAGAUAUGCAGCAAAGACAAAGAAGGCUGCAAUAAAGACUGUUAACAGCAGGAACGCGUGGCCAGCUAUGUCCCCGCCUAUGGCUAGCACUAGUCAGGCUGUGCAGGGGGAGUUUUUCCAGCCCACUGAGUCCAGUGAAAUGUUUAAUAAAACGCUGCCUGUUAUGUCUUCCCCUCCCCUAUUCUCUUUCCAGCAGGCACCGAGUGACACAGGCAGUGUGAGCAGGGAACAACCAGGACCCUCCAUUCAGCAAGCAGCGGACAAUCAGCUUAUGGGGGAUCUACACUUACCUGAAGCUAUUGAUGAGGAGCAACAUGAAGAUCCUCCUGUUUAUCCGGCAGAUGCAGCCAACGUAAGAACCAGUUCCAGCAACAAAUCAUUCAUGGACACUUCUCUUGUAAUUCAUUUCAAGUGCUCUUACACAUGAGAUAUUUAGCUUACAAACGUGCUACUACCUUGUUAUUAACAUGUUCAUUUUCAUUUCAUGUCAUUUAUAUAACACUGUAAUCACUUUCUUUUUUCCAGCAGAAUCAUAGUAAUGUUGUUGUUUGGCCCUGUGUAUUUUUUAGACAAGUGUCAUUUGCGCAUUAUGUGCUUCAAAAUAUUUCAGUAUAAAUAAGUAGAUUAAUCAAUAGACAUAAGAUUCUAUAUUUCUAACCUUUUUAUGCUAUAGCAGACAAGGAACCCAAAGACACAUGAAAGGGCAAGACAAUUGACAAGGCUACAGGGCAACGUCUUCCAUUCUGAAUGGCGGUUAGUAAGAACCAUCUGUCACCCCCACGUGUGGUACUUACCUGAUGGCAGGGGACAAACCUGAGCCACUCUACAGUGGUAUUGGGAGAGACUGGGUACCUGGUACUUACUAGCGCCUCCACCUAAUGGGAUCCGGGAAUGCACCUGCGGGGGCCCCGCUAGGAACACAGUAAUAAUUCAAACACAGUCAUUGGUAAACUAAAUAACUGUUUAUCUAAAAUAAAUGUAAAGGAGCAGCUAAUACAAGCAGUACUGCUAACUUGCACAAAGUCAUUUGAUGUAUUUCCAAAUAAACACAGUCUUUGAAAUCUUCAAGCACUCUCUAUAGAUUACUGUCACUUUAAUUACUCCAGAAGUCUCUUUGGGUCUGUUACAGUCACUCUUCAGGUGAGUCAAACACUUAUGGACACACAGUCAAUACUCAGAUGGGAAUCCCCUGCAAGUGCUGAUUCCUUCAGUCUAGACUCCUCUCACACUCUCUA